UACAACUAUCCAGUGUUGUAGGCAUCGAGACGUCAACAAGAGAGUGGUCGCGAACUGAUGCUGUGCUAUCCGGAGACUAGUUACACCGUUACAACGCAUUUCAAAGGUUAUUACUUUGUAUCAACUACGCCCGUCUUGCAUCAAGAUGUUUGGCUUUCACAAGCCGAAGAUGUACAGGAGUUUAGACGGCUGUUGCAUCUGCCGCGCCAAGUCUUCCAGCUCGCGCUUUACCGACAGUAAGCGGUACGAAAAGGACUUCACGAGCUGCUUUGGACUGUGCGAAACUCGGACUGGAGAGAUUUGUAACGCCUGUGUUCUACUGGUGAAGCGAUGGAAGAAACUGCCCACUGGGUCCAAGAAGAACUGGAAUCAUGUGGUUGAUGCACGAGGUGGGCCCAGUCUGAAGCUGUCCUCCAGACCAAAGAAGAUCAAGCCUCUGUCCAAGCGUGCGAGGCCAAGCCAGAUCAGCCGGCUGCAGAAAGAGUUGAAGAGAAUCAACUCUGAUGCCCACAGCACCACAUCCAGCAUGUCCCCGGCCCAGUCCCCCAGCUACAGCCCGUCUGACGAAGGCUCAGACGCUGAGCUCUCUCCUGGCUCCAGCCGCUCACCCGUCUUCUCGUUCCUGGACCUCACAUACUGGAAGAGGCAGAGGGUGUGCUGUGGGAUCAUCUACAAGGGCCGCUUUGGGGAGGUGCUGAUCGACCCCCACCUCUUUAAACCCUGCUGCCGUAGAAAGCAGCAGGAGCAGCAGCAGGAGGCUGAGGAGGAGGAUGGCUAUGAUGAAGAGGAGGAGGAGGAAGAGGUGGAGGUGGGGGAGGAAGGGGAGGUGCUGGAGGAACAGGUUGAGGAGGAGGAGGUGGGAAGAGAGAAGCUCCAGGUGCUGGAGGAGCCGGUUGAGGAGGAGCUGAGAGGGGAGGAGCUGAGAGGGGAGGAGCUUCCAGAGGAGAAGGAGCAGCCGCAGCAGGACCUCUUCACUCAGGAACAGGUCACCAUGGCAACGCUCCAGACCAUAAAGCAGCAGGAGCAGUGGAGGGGUCCUGGAGACGGGCAGCUGAAAUAGUUUGGGAGUUUUGUGUGUGUUUUGUUAGUGCUCUUUCUGUUUGUGUGUUUUGUUAGUACUCUUUCUGUUUGUGUGUUUUGUUAGUGCUCUUUCUGUUUGUUUGUGUUUUGUAACUUGUGAACCGAUGAGCCAUAUGGAGUCCUGUUUUCUCCCCUCUAUGGUUGUUGUAUUUAAUACCCUACAUGUUCAUCACAGCCCUCAAGGUGUUCCCCUUAGUAUGAAAAUGCUGGACUUGUCAUUGGUUGGAAAUAUACAGCUGUAUUUUAUUUUUACGUUUUAUACUUUUACAUUUCACUUACAGCAUAUAUUUAUCUAUCUUGUACAUAAUUCUAAUGACCUGUAUAUAUUUGUAUUUUGGUCCCAGUUUAAACAAGCAAGGCCUAUUCACAGCACCAACAAUUUUACCAGCCUUAAUGUGGAGUGACAGGCAACACUAGUAGUCAGUAUGUUGGCAGGAUAAGCAAUAACACGUCUAUGAGCCUCACAUACAGUAUGGUAUAUUUUGCAUGAACGAUGAAAAGGCCUUCUCAUCGAGGGUAAACUAUCCCCUCAGAAGCAUGAAUUGAAUCUGUUGCAUGGCCUUAAUAGGAAAUGUCUUUUUGUAUAUUGGUAUUUUACCUAUCAGACUCCACGACUCUGAAACUACAAAGUAUUUUUUUUAAAGAAAGAAAAAUGAAAAAAAUGUUCAGUUCCACAAACACAGCAAAACAGCUUAAAACACAUAACUCAACCUGCUGUUUCUCUCCAGACUUCCUUCUCUCUGAGCUUAAAACUGUGAAAGAACCUUUUCACUUUUUCUUAUUAUAUAAGUGCUUCAAAUUUCAAUAGAGGUUUUUGUUGGUACACAUGCAUAAUAAUGAAUGUGCACUCAGCAACUUUACAUUCAUAAUUUUGUAAAAAUAUGUAAUAGCUUCAGUGUGAAAUGUUCAAUCAUUGUCUCUUCACAAAGAGCACUGCAAGGGUGUCACUAUAUACUAAGUUAUCAAACAGAAGCCAAAGCACACUUAAAUUCACCCAUUUCAAAUCAAUACAGUUUCUAUGGACGGUUGAAAGAUUUUGCACUUAGUCUGUAAUUUUCUGUGUAUGUUAUGAUAGGCCUGCCGGACAGAAAGAAAAUAACACUACAAUGGCAUAUUAUGUUUUAUUUAACUCAUCCAUACAAGACGAGAUGUGGAAGGAUUUUGUAAAUACACAGGGUGGAUCAUUUCCUUGAAGAAGUUAGUUUUUUCUCUUAUUUAUUUUAUAUUUAUUUGUAUCUCAGCAUCUUUGCCGUUUAACUGAUUGCUUCUUAGUUGGUUAAAUAGCCUGUUAUGGAUUUUUUAUAAACAAUUUUGUAUUUCAGUGAAUUAGAUUGAAUGUAAUUUUCAAGCAAACAUUCUUCAGUCAUGCCUUCACUUAUGCUCUCUCAGUAUUUCUGCAACAUUGUUAUUUAUUUUCUGCUCCUUCAGUUGUGUAACUUAUUGUUAUAGCUUCAGUUGAAUUUAUCAUGUUAACACGCCCAGCCUGUUAAAUGAUGAUGUCAGUGAUCCGUCAAAAGAUCAAACUUUACUUCAAUGUUUCCUAAUCCUUGUGAUGCUAUUAUCCAUAUGAAUUAUUCAAUGGAAUAGUUAAAUGUAGCUUUAGUACAUGCAUGUAUUGUAGCUAUGCAUUUGCAUUUUUUAAGAUAAGCUAGUAGGCUACAUAAUACAUUUUGGUAUUUUUUUCAUACAUAAUGUCGUUUUUUUUUCCUUAAAUAAAAGUGUCUUUUGUGA